UUGUGUAUUUUCACUUGUUGAACUUGUAUAUAUUACAAUGAUCAAUUUGAUCAUCGAUAAUCGCUUCAAUUUUAAUUUUUUAAUUUUAUGAUUAUAUUAAUAUUAAUUAAUCAUAUGGAUAAAUUAUUAUAAAAUAAUUGUUUUAAAAUAAAAGUUAACAAAACGUGAAAUUGAUCAGUGAUAAUUACUUAAAAAUAAUAACAGAAUAAGGAUUGUUACAGCAUCUACACUGCCAAUGAUCAAUAUUGAUCGAAAAACAUUUCAAUAUUUUAAUAUUUGGAAGUAUAUAUUGUUAGUGAUAAGUAUUUUAAAGAAGGUGAAGUGGAUAGAGAAAGUGAAACAUCAGCAAUAUACGAGACGUUUAGCAAGAAUGAAAGAGAAAGAGAAUCUUAAAUCGGUGUGGCGCCUAACUGAUGGGACAACCUGACGAUUUACUCACUAAUAUAUCAUCAAAUUCGACUUCCUAACAAACGCUACUAAUGAAAAAAAUGAGUGUACUUGAAAUAGUGUGAUUACAAAUUGGCAUUCUCAAAUAAGGGAAUCCUAAAAAAAUUUUCAUUAAAUCAUUAAAAAGUGUAUUUAUGAUAAAAGUGAGGAAUUUCAAGUUAAGUUAUAAUUAAACGUUAGUAAUGUGAUCAAUUUUUUGAUAUUAUAAAAAUAAAAAUAAGUGUAAAAAUGUUUAUAUUAUGUGUUUUCAUGAUUAUGCUUCACGUGUUUAAACAAUCUCCGUUGUUUUCUUUAGUAUGUGAUAUUAUUUCUGAUAGAGCCAUAUGAAUGUAGUGACAUGUUCGACUGUAGUCGAGCUUUAUGAAUUGAAAUAUACUUUUUUAAUGUAUUUAAGUGUUCGAUCCAAUGACACUUGAAAAUCACCAAAUGAUGACAAACGUCAACAGACUUAAAGUGGUUGUUCUUGGUGGUCCAAGAGUGGGAAAAUCUGCGGUUGUAGUCCGGUAUCUAACAAGGCGAUACAUUGGUGAAUACAGUUCAACAAGUGAUUUUCUUUACAGACACAAUGUCAACAUAGACAAUGUUAUGAUGGAAGUAGAAAUACUAGACACCUCUCGCUGUGAGGAUAAUGGCUGUUUAUAUUCACACAUAAGAUGGGGUGAUGCGUUCGUUAUAGUAUAUAGUGUAACAUGUAAAAAAAGUUUUCAAGAGGCAAGAGGAUUGCUUAAGCAACUUACUGAUCUCCGACUUCCUUCGUAUUUUACAACAUUACUUCUUGGAAAUAAACGUGAUCUUGAUCAUGCACGAGAAGUAUGUGUUGAUGAAGGUCAGCAACUUUCUUUGGCUCAUGGAUGUCAAUUUUAUGAAGUGAGUGCAGCAGAAAGUCCAGCAGGAGCCGCAUUAGCAUUUCAAGGGUUGUUGAGAGAAGCCAGAUCUGUUCAACUCCUCCGAGCAUUACCAAUUAGACGAAAACUUGGCGUACAUUCAGUUUCUAGAGUAUUAGGUACCAUAUUUGGUAAAAAUACAACUAAAGAUAGGAAAAAAAGACCAUCAUUGAGCAUAUGAACUUUACUCUUCUUUUCAACGAAGAAAAUCAAUAAAAUAUCAUAAAUUUACAUUUUUCGCAUUUAUUUCCAUUAAUAUUAAAUAAA